UUUUACAAGCUUUUGUCGACAAAGCCUUUCAAGCCGCACAGCCUCGCUUGGUGUAUACUUGCAACACCUCUACAAGCAGUUUGCGCAACAUCAAAACCGCAGAGCAAGAAACAUACAGUACUUCACGCCUACUUACAACUAGUUUAAAGUAGAGCCUCUUCUUCUGAUACCGGCUUAAGGCUUCGUGUGCAUCCGCCCUCCGCUCUAACAAGCCUUUCCACCAUGGCCCUGGACGCGGGUGUGAUGUCGGUGACGCUGGAGUUUGCCAAGGACCUGAAGGACGCGGACUGGUUCGGCAAGCAAGACCCCUACUGCAUCAUCCGCAUCGGUGGCCAGACCUUCCGCACGCGCACGGCCGUGGACGGCGGCCGCAACCCCGUGUGGAAUGAGACGUUCCGCUUCAAUGUCAUCAACGAGAACAACGUGGAUGUGGAGAUUAAGGACGAGGACGUGGGCAAGGACGACCUGAUCGGCACCUGCACCUUCUCGCUCGCCAAGGCGCGUGAGAGCGGCAGCGACCGCAUCCAGGCGCCUGUGGUCAGCAAGAAGAGCCGCAAGCAGCGCGGCUUCCUCUCCAUCGCCCUCAGCUGGGAGCCCAACAAGGCGCUCAAGCCCACCGUCACCACACAACCCGCCGCGCCUCACUAUCACUACAUGCCCCACGCCGCGCUCCAGCCCGCCUACUACGCCGCACCUCCUGUCUACGCCGCGCCCGCAACUCCCAUGGCCUACUACCCCAGCCCUGCGCCUCCUGCCGGCUACUACGCACCCGCGCAGGCGCCCACGUACGCGGCACAGCCGCCGCCUGCCGCAGCCGCCUACCCGCAGCAGCCGCAGCAGCCGCAGUACGCGUUCUAUCCCGCUGUGCCCGUCGGGCACUAAGCAAGCCCUUGCUUUGUAUGGAGGCGGCGUGCACUGAUACUGACAUUAGGAUGAGUGUGGGCUGACUGUUGUGGGACAACCGGGUAUGCACGUCAUGACAGAGUGUUGGCGGACGAAGGACCUGCGAGGAGUCUGUGUGUAAUAGCGUUGAGACAUGAGAGGCUAGGGAUCUUUCGGACCCCACCGCCGUAUGUGGCAUGCGAGUGGCGGCUGGCGGUGGGAGUGUUAAUACUGGUAGGCUACUCUGCUCAUUCGGACCAUGGUGCGGGGGGAUCUAUCGGCAAUGGCCCGUCCUACCACGCCUUUAUUCUCCCCAACCAAGUUCUUACUAGAAUGAGUGCGUUAUGCUGCGGAAUGUUGUUUCAAUUCAUGCACAAUUCAUUCGGGACUGCCUGCCUGGUGACAUACUGAGAGUGGCUCGAGGAGAGGCCACGGACAGGCGGCCGUUGGCGGUGGCAGAUAGAGGGUGGCAGGAGGUGUGCGGCGGCCAACGGUGCGUGUGGGGUUGCUCGCUUGUUUGUUUACAGGCAACACUUUAUCAUAGCGUAUUGCCAUGGCGACGACGUGCAUGCGUGACGUGGUGUACGGCAUGACACGGUUUCCGUACAAAGGGCUCGAAUGUGCUGACGCUGUAGACGCGGUUGUGUAACAACAAAGCACGCCAUGCUAGUCUGCUGUCUUGAUUGUGGCAUGGAGGUAUCAGGCUUCACAAAUCGGCGCCAGCAGCAAGUUGCCGGCGGCUGGUGCUGGGGGCUGGGAUGCACUCGCUCGGGUGUGGCCGACUGGCCGUGGGCGGCACAACUCGCCCCCCACGAUUGGGUCCCAUGGGGAAGGAAUGUCAGAACAGUUUCAAGAGGGACCUGCUGACGCACUUCGCGAGCUAGUAAC